CCCACCGCCAUCGACGCUUCCGUUUCUCCUCUUCCUCAUCUCCAGCACGCUCUCCUCCUCUCCCGCGGCCAAGGCAGCGCCACCGCCCACCGCCGGGCUUGCACCUCCCUACGGAGGCCCUCCCUUAGACCGGUGAGUCCCCCCGCCACCCUGCCCUCCACCCGGUUCCCUAAUCAUCGUGCAUCCGCCACUGUCCUGUCGUCUCCUCUCUGGCACACGAAUCGCUCGCUGGAGGGGUCUAUGCACACUACCAUCUCAACCCCCCACCAACCCUUAGCUGCUGCGACGCAUACAAGCAGACCGACAUCAUGGAACAGUGAUGUCGGCAAUUCCAUCAGCUUUAUCAAGUUGCCGAGAACCGGACCCAGCAUUAGAAACUUGGCCAUGAGCGCCACGCCCAAUUCGGGUUCCAGCUCAGGAACGGCGGGUGAGAGUUAUACCGUUGGCGAGAAGGAUGGUGUGAUAAUUGUUGACCAUGGGUCACGGCGUCAAGAGUCCAAUCUAAUGCUAAAUGAUUUUGUUGCCAUGUUCAGGACGAGGACUGGUUACAAGAUUGUUGAGCCUGCUCAUAUGGAGCUAGCUGAGCCUACUAUUAAAGAUGCAUUUGGAAAAUGUGUUCAACAAGGGGCGUCCCGUGUUAUUGUCAGCCCUUAUUUUCUUUCCCCUGGACGACACUGGAAACAAGAUAUCCCUGCUCUAGCUGCGGAGGCCUCUAAGGAGCACUCAAACGUACCUUACAUUGUCACUGCCCCUCUUGGAUUGCAUGAGCUUAUGGUGGACAUUAUGAAUGAUCGCAUCAAGUACUGCCUGAGGCAUGUUUCUGGUGAUGUUGAUGAGUGUACAGUAUGUGCUGGAACUGGAAAAUGCCGCCUCUACUCUUGAACACGAAUACCUGGGAGGUUACCUAAUUCAUUCUAUGUAUGUCAAUGCCAAUUUUUUGUCGUGCAAUCAACUUAGCAAAUAAAGUGUAUGCUUAUUAAUUACUUAUGGUUAUGGGAAAUACCUAUCUGCUUGUUGUGAUCAUUUUUACUUGAUUGCCAACUGCUUGUAACCUGGGUAAUAAUAUAAUUAGCUUGUAUCACUCUUGUGAUCUUGCUAGAAAUAUGACUUUACUUAGCCAUGCUUAGUAUAAGUGUAUAACUUAAAUCACUUAUGAUUAAUUACUCAUCUU